AUGCAAUCCUACUCCGACAAGUUCGCCUUCCAGGUGACGGUCAGUCCCAGCGAGGUCAGCUACAGCUACAGCAUCAAGGCAGGCGGGCCCUUGACUCGACUCGUCCUGAUGGACACGCCCUUGAUCCAGCGCUUCAUCUGGGAUCCGAGACGCCAUUGGUACGCCAAGUGCGGGCCAUCUGGCCUGUGCAACCAGAGCGCCGCGGCCACGUCACCCUCGUUCUGCAGCUGUGUUCAUCAAGGAUUCAGCGCCGCCGUGUCGCCGCCGGACUGGAACAUGGACGACACGUCGCGCGGGUGCCGGCGGAACGUGCCAUUGGACUGCGGCGGCAGCAGGAGCUCGAGCACCGACUGGUUCGCCGCUCUGCCGGGAGUGAAGCUGCCCGACACGCUCAACUCGUCGCUGGACAUGGGCAUCACGCUGGAUCAGUGCAGGGCGAGGUGCCUUGCCAACUGCUCCUGCGUGGCGUAUGCCGCUGCGGAUAUCCAAGGAGGCGGUGACGGAAGCGGAUGCCUCAUGUGGCCAGAAAACCUCAUUGAUCUACAGUACCUAGGUGGAGGGCAGACCCUGUACAUAAGGCUGGCAAAGUCUGAAUCAGGGAAACGUAAAGAACGCUCUCUGCUGGAAUGGCGAAAGAGGCUGCAAAUAAUUCUUGGGAUUGCGGAGGGCGUCAAGCACCUGCACGAGGGAGAGGGAUCGGCCGGCAACGUGAUCCACAGGGAUCUGAAGCCGGCCAAUGUGCUGCUGGACGGUGGAUGA